AGUUUGUCCAUAGUACAUGUGCGUACAGCUUUGGUGUGGCGACACAUUGUCUAGUAGUUGUAGAAUGCACAGCAGCUGAAAGGGAAAAAGGGACACACUCUGCUGCUGAGCAUGGUCUGAUCGGAGAGCGCGGACUGAAUGCAAGAAACAGAGAUGGCAAUAGACUUUGGAGAAAUGAUGAAAUUAGAAACAACUCUGUGUUACGCAGGUCAGUUUGGAUGCGUCUCUUGCAACGAGCAGAACUUGCUGUGCAAACUUACUGAAAAUAUGGAAUCGUUGGAGGGAUCUCUGUCAUCAGAAGUGGGAUCUGCUUUGCCUACUGAUCGUGCCACCGAUCCGUAUUUGUUGGCGUUGGAGCUGCAAAACCGCAACCUACUGGAAAUCAUCAAAAACAUGCAGACACCAAGGGCACCGCCAACCGAUGGAAAAGCGUCAUAUGUAGCUCUUCCAAAAUUCAAUCCUGACAGUGCUGGAGCAGAUGCUUCCUCUUGGUGUUCAACAGUGGACCUAAUUUUUGCGGAUAACGUGCUCGAGGGUAGCAAUCUGGUGAUCGCCCUAAGCAAGGCACUAGAAGGCGGCGCAUCACAGUGGCUUUCCCAAAUUUGCUUUGCCGGCAUCACUUGGGCGCAGUUCAAGGAGCUGUUUAUACAACGCUUUGUUGGAAUUGAGACUUCUGCCGCCAUGCUGUUAAAUGUUCUGAAUGGUCGACCAAAGCCGGAGGAGGGCUUCGCUGAAUACGGUAGCCGUAUUGUUACGCUACUUAUGUCAAAAUGGAAAGCCAAGGAUUUGGAAGAAAUAGCGGUAUCUGUGACUCUGGCUCACAUGGCGCAAAUAGAUAACAAGUUGACGCACUUGGUUUUUACAAACAACGUAAAAACUCGCAAUGAGCUACAACAACAGUUACACGCACACUCUUUCAAAAAGCGCAGUAUAGAUGACGAUUCAACACGCUCGGAGCGCAAGAAGUUCAAGUCUCCGACACCGACGGAAUGCAAUUACUGUGGAAAGGGUGGUCAUAAAUACGCCGAAUGCCGUGCUCGCUUGGAAAAGGGUCAGAGCAAAGGCAAAAUCAACAGCGGCAGCAACAUGACUGGACCGAAGGAUUGGUCAAGUGUCAAAUGCUUUAAAUGUGACGAAAUAGGACAUUUUGCAUCCGCUUGUCCAAAAGGCCGUACGUAUGAGAAGCGGGUAGAUAUCUGCACAGUAGCUCCACCGACUGGAAUAAUGAGGGCAUCCGGUGAGUCUAUUCCAUUUUGUUUUGAUUCAGGUGCUGAAUGCUCCUUAGUGGAGGAAAGCGUCAUGGAUAAAUUUAAGGGGAAACAAAAGAAUAAAUAACAUUGUAAAACUUAACGCCGAGGGUACAUACAUAGGUGGUAGGCAUUUUUGCAAAUCGUUUGAGAUUGUCAAAAUAUUAAAUGGAGAUAGAUGUCUGUCCUUAGCAAGUAAGCGAAUUUACAAAUAUUCCCAUGAAUUCUUAAGAGCUUUGCCGAACAAUCAGCUAAUACGCAAAGAUAGAGACGGCAUGAUGGAAAAAGCGUCUGACAAUAAAGAAAGAGAUUCAAAAAGAAAAAAAAAAAAAGGGGUGGCAUAAAUUAAUGUAUAGAGCAGUGGUGGGCAAAACGCACACAUUUAUAACAUUUGAUUGUGUGCGUAAGCAGCGAAAAACAAAGAGAGCAACCCAUUCACUGAGCGAAAAACUUUGUGUACUAAUUCGUUCAUCGGUAAUUUUGUAAAUAUUGCACAAAAUAAGGUACUUUUUGUAUUUUUCAGACUUGUAUAAUGAAUUUACACAAUUAUAAUAAUAAAAUUCGAA